AUGGAAUCUGGGAGAAGGGGAUGGAAUCUGGGAGAAGGGGAUGGAAUCUGGGAGAAGGGGAUGGAAUCUGAGAGAAGGGGAUGGAAUCUGGGAGAAGGGGAUGGAAUCUGGGAGAAGGGGAUGGAAUCUGGGAGAAGGGGAUGGAAUCUGGGAGAAGGGGAUGGAAUCUGGGAGAAGGGGAUGAAAUCUUGGAGAAGGGGAUGGAAUGAGGGAGAAGGGGAUGGAAUCUGGGAGAAGGGGAUGGAAUCAGGGAGAAGGGGAUGGAAUCAAGAAGAAGGGGAUGGAAUUUGGGAGAAGGGGAUGGAAUCUGGGAGAAGGGGAUGGAAUCGGGGAGAAGGGGAUGAAAUCCGGGAGAAGGGGAUGGAAUCUGGGAGAAGGGGAUGGAAUCUGGGAGAAGGGGAUGGAAUCGGGGAGAAGGGGAUGGAAUCUGGGAGAAGGGGAUGGAAUGAGGGACAAAGGGAUGGAAUCUGGGAAAAGGGGAUGGAACGUGGGAGAAGGGGAUGGAAUCUGGGAGAAGGGGAUGGAAUUUGGGAGAAGGGGAUGGGAUCAGGGAGAAGGGGAUGGAAUCGGGGAGAAGGGGAUGGAAUCUUGGAGAAGGGGAUGGAAUCUCGGAGAAGGGGGUGGAAUCUGGGAGAAGGGGAUGGAAUCCGGGAGAAGGGGAUGGAAUAUGGGAGAAGGGGAUGGAAUCUGGGAGAAGGGGAUGGAAUCUGGGAGAAGGGGAUGGAAUCUGGGAGAAGGGGAUGGAAUCUGGGAGAAGGGGAUGGAAUCAGGGAGAAGGGGAUGGAAUCUCGGAGAAGGGGAUGGAAUCUGGGAGAAGGGGGUGGAAUAUGGGAGAAGGGGAUGGAAUCUGGGAGAAGGGGAUGGAAUCUGGGAGAAGGGGAUGGAAUCUGGAGAAGGGGAUGGAAUCUGGGACAAGGGGAUGGAAUCAGGGAGAUGGGGAUGAAAUCUAGGGGAAGGGGAUGGAAUCUGGGAGAAGGGGAUGGAAUCUGGGAGAAGGGGAUGGAAUCUGGGAGAAGGGGAUGGAAUCUGGGAGAAGGGGAUGGAAUGGGAGAAGGGGAUGGAAUCUGGGAGAAGGGGAUAGAAUCUGGGGAGAAGGGGAUGGAGUCCGGGAGAAGGGGAUGGAAUCUUGGAGAAGGGGGUGGAAUCAAGGAGAAGGGGAUGGAAUCCGGGAGAAGGGGAUGGAAUCUGGGAGAAGGGGAUGGAAUCCGGGAGAAGGGGAUGGAAUCUGGGAGAAGGGGAUGGAAUCUGGGAGAAGGGGAUGGAAUCUGGGAGAAGGGGAUGGAAUCCGGGAGAAGGGGAUGGAAUCUGGGAGAAGGGGAUGGAAUCUGGGAGAAGGGGGUGGAAUCUGGGAGAAGGGGAUGGAAUCUGGGAGAAGGGGAUAGAAUCUGGGAGAAGGGGAUGGAAUCUGGGAGAAGGGGAUGGAAUCUGGGAGAAGGGGAUGGAAUCUUGGUGAAGGGGAUAGAAUAUGGGAGAAAAGGAUGGAAUCUGGGAGAAGGGGAUGGAAUCUGGGAGAAGGGGAUGGAAUCUGGGAGAAGGGGAUGGAGUCCGGGAGAAGGGGAUGGAAUCUGGGAGAAGGGGGUGGAAUCAGGGAGACGGGGAUGGAAUCCGAGAAAAGGGGAUGGAAUCUGGGAGAAGGGGAUAGAAUCCGGGAGAUGGGGAUGGAAUCUGGGAGAAGGGGAUGGAAUCUAG